AUGCCGCCACACCCGAUGGAGGUUGAGGACAUGCCUCGGAGCGCACCCAAGUCGCGAUUUCGUCCCAAGCAACGGAUCAGUCACACAAAGUCACGAAAUGGUUGCUAUACAUGCAAGCAGCGUCGCGUCAAAUGUGAUGAGGAACGGCCAACGUGUGGUGCAUGUUUCGUUCGUGGCGAAGACUGCGUCUUCCCCAAUCCAGGAGGCACACGUGACUUGAGAAGAAGGCAACCACCCUUGCCUCGCGAGAGACCAUCGUCGGAGAACGUUCAUGUUCAGACACGCGAAAAUAUACGGGAGAUACCGUUUCACCCUUUGAGUUUCAAUGUGGCACCCUCCGAGGAACCUCAAUAUGUCGGAGAUCAACCAAGAUCCAGCCUCAACAUGAGUGAUCUCAAUCUACUUCAACACUACAUCUUGCACACCUCAAAGAAGAUGACUCUACACAAGAUUAAAUCGGUGGUCUGGGAGCGUGUUAUUCCGGAAAUGGCUUCAGUCAAUGAAUUCCUGAUGCACCUCGUCUUAGCCCUGGCUGGCUUGGAUAUUUUGACUAGCGGAGAUGCUCGUACUGCGAAUGUUCAAGGUUCUCCUAGUUCUUCCAUGUUUGCAAGUGUACCUCACCUUCGGUCAAUCAUGGAACACCAUCAGCAAGGGUUGGCAGGGCUACAGGAAGCGCUCUGUGCUACCAGCGAUCCAGACGCAGAAACCUUGCUGGCUGGAUCUAUGCUGGUGGUGGGCUUCGCAUUUGCAUCUUUCGGGAUCAAAGAUCUAGAUCCAUCGACACCUACACUUCAGGACAACUUGAAUCUAGGCCAUGCUUCACCGCCACCUCUUCCCGAUGCUAGCACACUCCACAUACAAUGGCUUCAUCUAGUUCGUGGCGUCACGUCUAUCCUGAGACAGUUUUGGCCAACAUUGAGGAAAUGUCGCCUCAGGGCGCUACUGACUCAUAACCAAGCCAAUGAUGAUUGGAAGCUAUGCGAAGAACAAGUCCGCUCAACCAUAUGUCCAAGUUCAAACAUUCGAUCAAAGAGGCUUCGGAAGUUCGCCAACGGCGCCAAUCGUGCCGUCUCGGACUUACGUGGUCUACACACAACUCUGCGCCAAUCCAGCAACUCCGAAGAGGUCGCCGAUGGUUCACCAUUUGCGACGCCUCAAUCUGAUCAAGUUGGCAACUCGGGUCAACCUCUUCUCGACGCAUACGAGCAGGCUAUAGGCGUGGUUGACGAUAUCUACAUGAGAAUACUCUAUGUCAUGCAGAUGAAGCCACUUGACUCUCAAUCUUCGUCCGACCUCGAGCUCCAAACCGACCUAGAAGAUGCGGCAGUUUCAAGCUGGCCUCAUCUCCUCCCUGAAGAAUUUAUUUCUUCGUUAGACUGGCAAGGGAAUAUCGAUAUGCUUCAUGGUUUGAGCUUGCUGAUUUUAGCGCAUCUGUACUUGACUAUCGCCAUUCUGGACGAGCUCUGGUACUGUGGCAAGAGAUGCGACGUCGAAAUCUACAAGAUAAAUACCCUGAUAGUUGCUCUAGGAGAUGAGAAGCUCGUGUCCUUGAUGGACUGGCCAAUCGAUGUCAUUCGGUGA